UAUUGUAAAGUAGAUAUAAUGUAUCAUAUGAAGCUAUGUCAAUUUAUAAAUUUGCUUUUGUGAGAUCUCUUUGUGACUGUAGCACUUCUCUAGUUAUUUUAUGAAUUUAAGAAAUGGUAUAAUUUAAGUGCACAUGAUAUAUACAGAAGUAAUCCUCUAAGGCUAUAUCAUUUAAACAUUACAAAAAUUACUAGAAAAGGUCAAACUGUAAUCUACCCUGCCAUCCACUCCUAUAAGUUAUAACAAUCUCAAGGGAAAAGAUUAUACUUAUUUAUGCUGGUCCUAACGCCAUCAAAAAUGUCCCAAGUAUUCCCUUCACAUGGCACACAAUACAUGAGACAAAGGGAUCGAGCAUUGUAGAUGUUGUUAAUGCAAUGCUUUUGCUGGAUUGUUUUCCUAUAUUUGGGGGUGUAUAAAGAUGGCAGGGGAGUUGAUUCCUAUAUGUUGCACCUGUGGCUGUUUUGAUUCAUGGACUGGUGCUUUACAAUUCUGUAUGCAUUUGAUGGGCACUGUAUAUUAUUAGUUCUAGCUUCUAUGUGCCCGGUGCUGAUUGGUAAAAUGAUACGAGUGCCUCAUGAUUAUUUGAUUAUGUAAAAAAAAAAAAGUUAUCUCAUUAUUGUAGGAUUUGAUGCUUGUUCAGAUAAUAUUAUUCCAAAAUUGUCAUAUCUCUACCAAAAUUUCAUUUUUGUUCUCAAUGAUUGAUCAGUUUUUUAGCUUUUGAUUAAUGUUGUAAUGGUGUGAGUUUUUGUAUGUUAAUCUAAAGUCGAAGGUAACCAGAUGGCAUCUUUAAAUUCUUGGUGAUUUGACUAAUACCUCUGCAAUUACAUUGCUUUGCUUGUCGAAAAUUACAAGCCCAUUAUCCUAGUGCCUGUCUUCCUGUUUGAGGAUUUUGGCAUCAUAAUGAAGACUGAAACUAUUCAAGUUGUUUCCGCCUUGUGAUAUCUUUAGUUUACAUCUCUUGAAUGAGUUAUCUUAAAUGCAGUUUUUGUUCUUAAAUCCAUUUUUCACCAUCAAUUGUAGCUCUUACAUGAAGUUCACUGUCCGUGAAACACUUUGUCUGCUGUGUGCAUGGGAGUUCUUUCUUUCUUGCUGAUCGUAGAAAUUAAUUUUUUCUAUGGCAACCCUUGAUGAGGAGAAGUUGGCAAAGCCAGAUGCGCACAAGAUUGGAAAUUCACAUGAGCAUGCGGUGGAAACCCCUGAUGAGGUUGCAUUGGGAACCCCAGAAGAGCACACCAUGGGAACCUCAAAUGAGCACACCAUGGAAACCCUGAAUGAGAACACCAUGGAAACCCCAAAUAAUCACACAAUGGGAACCCCGACUGAGCACACCACGAAAACCCCGAAUAAUCACAAGAGGGAAACCCCAAAUGAGCACACAACAGAAACCAUAUCUGAGCAAAUGGUGGCAACCCCGGAUGAGCAAAUGGCUGCACCCCGGAUGAGCAAAUGGUGGCACCCCCGGAUGAGCAAAUGGUGGCACCCCCGGAUGAGCAAACAAUGGCACCCCAAGAUGAGCAAACGAUGGCACCCCAAGAUGAGCAAAAGAUGGCCCACCAGACGUGCACAUGAUGGCCCCACCAGAUGAGCACGCAAUGGCAGUCCCAGAUGAGCACGCAAUGGAAGUCCCAAAUGACCAUGCAAUGGAAGUCCCAGAUGACCAUGCAAUGGAAGUCACAGAUGACCAUGCAAUGGCAAUCUCGGAUGUGCACGCUCUGGCAAUCUCGGAUGAGCACGCUCUGGCAAUCUCGGAUGAGCAAGCUCUGGCAAUCUCGGAUGAGCACGCUCUGGCAAUCUCAGAUGAGCACGCUCUGGCAAUCUCAGAUGAGCACGCUCUGGCAGAUGAGCACGCUUUGGCAAUCUCGGAUGAGCACGCUUUGGCAAUCUCCUAUGAGCAUUCAGUGCCAACCCCAGAUAACAAAAGGAUGACUCCAGAAGUGAACCAUGAGCUGCCAAAUUCAGAAACACAACCUAACAAGAGAAGGAAGAAAAAGUCCAUAGUAUGGGAGCACUUCACCAUAGAAGCUAUUAGUCCUGGAUGUAGACGGGCACAAUGCAAGCAAUGCAAGCAAAGUUUUGCAUACAGUACAGGUUCUAAAGUUGCUGGAACCAGCCACCUGAAACGCCACAUUGCCAAGGGGACCUGCACAGCACUUCUACGUAGCCAGGGGCAGAAUCAGUCAACACCAUAUACCCCACGUUCAAGGAUGGGAGGAACUGGCAGUGCAACUGAUGCACCAAAACGACGUUACAGAACUCCUGGCUCACCCUACAUUAUGUUUGAUCAGGAUCGUUGCCGCAAUGAGAUUGCUAGGAUGAUAAUCAUGCAUGACUACCCCCUUCACAUGGUUGAACAUCCGGGGUUUAUAGCUUUCGUCCAGAAUCUUCAGCCCCAUUUCAACAUGGUGAGUUUCAAUACUAUCCAAGGGGAUUGUGUUGCAACUUACUUGAUGGAAAAGCAAAACCUAAUAAAGUUUAUCGAGGGCAUUCCUGGGCGCAUUUGCCUUACACUGGAUAUGUGGACUUCGAGCCAAACAGUAGGUUAUGUGUUUAUAACUGGACACUUCAUUGAUAGUGAUUGGAAGUUGCACAGGCGGGUUCUCAAUGUCAUAAUGGAACCAUAUCCUGAUUUGGACACUGCCCUUAGUCAUGCUGUUGCUGCUUGCCUUUCUGAUUGGAGUUUGGAGAGCAAGUUAUUUUCUCUAACUUUUAAUCAGCCGCUAAGUGAAGCUGCUCUUGAGAAUCUUAGGCCUCUUCUUGCCAUUAAGAACCCUCUAAUCCUCAAUGGUCAAUUAUUAGUUUGUAAUUGCAUUGCACACACUUUGAGCAGCAUGGCAAAAGAUGUACUAGGGGCAGGGCAAGGAAUAAUCAAGAAAAUCCGGGAUAGUGUUAAGUAUGUGAAGACAUCAGAAGCCCAUGAGGAAAAGUUUCUCGAUCUCAAGCAACAGCUUCAAGUUCCCAGUGAAAGGAGUCUAUCUCUUGAUGAUCAGACCCAAUGGAAUACAACCUAUCAAAUGCUGGUGGCUGCUUCUGAGUCAAAGGAAGUGUUUUCUUGUUUGGAUACUUCUGAUCCUGAUUACAAGGAUGCCCCAUCAAUGGAAGAUUGGAAGCAUGUUGAGACUCUCUGUACAUACUUGAAACUUCUCUUUGACGCAGCAAACAUCCUGACCUUCACAACUAACCCAGCUGCAAUUACAUUCUUUCACGAAUUGUGGAAGAUUCACACAGAACUAGCUCGUGCUGUUGCAAGUGAGGAUCCCUUCAUCAGCAACCUCACUAAAAUGAUGCUAGAAAAAGUUGAAAAAUACUGGAAAGAUAGCAGCCUGGUUUUGGCAAUUGCAGUGGUCAUGGAUCCACGUUUUAAGAUGAAGCUUGUGGAGUUCAGUUUCUCAAAAGUCUAUGGCGAAGAAGCCCCCACAUAUAUUAACAUUGUCAAUGAUGGAAUUCAUGAGCUCUUUCAUGAAUAUUUGACACUUCCUUUGCCUCUAACGCCAACUUACGCCGAAGAAGGAAAUGGCGGAAGCAAUAUUAAGAUGGAGGAUUCCCAGGGAGGAAAUCUUCUGUCUGAUCAUGGACUCACAGAUUUUGAUGUUUAUAUUAUGGAGACUACAAGCCAACAGAUGAAGUCAGAGCUGGAUCAGUAUUUGGAAGAGUCUUUAUUGCCUCGUGUGCAGGAGUUCGAUGUGUUAGGCUGGUGGAAGCUAAACAAGAUGAAAUACCCUACACUUUCAAAGAUGGCUCGUGAUAUUUUGUCUAUUCCAGUGUCUACUGCUGGUCCUGACUCUGUAUUUGAUAUAACAGGCAAGGAGAUGGAUCGAUAUAGGAGUUCUCUACGACCAGAGACAGUGGAAGCACUUAUAUGUGCUAAGGAUUGGAUGCAGUACGGCUCAACAGAAGCUUCAAACGCACUUGUAAGAAUGGAAUAUUAGAUUCUAGGUUUAGAUUUCUUCUAUGAUGGUACUUAACUGGGGAGACUCUUCUUACUCAGCUUUUUUCUUCGAACAUUUUUGUUUAUGAUUGUAGUUAUUCUGAAGUACUUACUGUCUUUGUAAACUGGUCGAUCGGUGAAACCCUUUUUCUGUUGCUAUUUAGAUUUUUAGAUGUCCA